UGGUUUCGUCGUCAGCUGUAUGUCAUCUGCUGUCAGCUGAUAUAAGAGAGCAUGAGCAAUAAGUAGACAACAAAUUGCAUUGAAUGAAAUACAGCAAAUCUUAAAGAAGCAGUGAUUUAAUUCAACUGUCAUCAUAAACACGCAAUUCGGAAUUUCAUAAGAAUUUCACAAUGACAUCAAGGAAAGCACAAAAAGAAUCUGAAAACAAAGACUUCAUCGACAUGGAUGAGGUCUCAAAAGAAGCUCAAGGGAUUAUAGACAAAGUUGUAAAAGAUGUUGGAAAAUCUUCAGCUACUCGCCAGCUGAUGAUUGGGAGCGCUACCGGAUGGGUGACAGGAUAUUUAUUGAUGAAAGUGGGAAAAGUGGCAGCCGUAGCUAUUGGCGGCGGAAUAAUUCUCCUUCAAGUGGCUAAUCAUAACGGCUAUGUGAAUAUCAAUUGGGACAAAAUAUUCAAACAGGCCGAGAAAGUCAGCGACAAAAUCGAGAGCAAAGCCACAUCCAAAGGUCCAAACCUACUUGAUAAGGUGGAGCGAUUCGUGGACCGGAAACUGGACAAGGCGGAAACACUGCUGAAGAAGCGAGAGCGCAAGGCCCGUCGCUGGUACCACCGCGCUCUCUACGACGAGGACCCGUUCAUCUUUCAGGAGAUCCACGUGUUUAUGGCGUCGUUCGUAGCCGGCAUGGCGUUCGGCAUGAUUUUCGGAGGCAUUACUCGUUGAUAAUGAACUGUCCGGUCUUCGCGUUUGUAUAGUUUCAUAGUCAUCUAUUGUAUUUGAUAAUCGUAACCGCAUAAUGCAAAAUUAGUUGAUAACAAACUGAUAAGAUUAAAUUCAAUUUAAAGGAUUCUCCUCCUCUCAUCCGUUAUUUGCCAAUCAGAUAAUACUUUAAGUAAGUGCGACAGUGGUAAUUAAUAGUCUAUUUAAAGGAAUUUAAUGUUUGAAAAUAAAUACAUCACCUGUCAACAAAACGUGUGACAAUUAUUAUCAUCAUUGUAUUUGAACUUAUUGCUUUAAAAGCUUCCAUAAAAUGUCAAAAAUAUGUUUUAUGUGGAAUAAGUUUUUAACUGGAUUUAAAUAACAGAUUUUCAACAUCCACAGUAGUUAGCCCAUUUCAGAAUAAUUUUCUUAAUUUUAAAUAAUUAUAAUAAUUUACAACUUGUAGACGUGAAUAUCUUUCCAUAAUCGACACAUUACCUGAUCAAAAAUAAUGGUUUAUGCCACAAUAAUGAAUUGUACAUUUAAUAUGUUACCUGCUAAUUUAAUUUUUGAUGUUAUAUCAAUAUUCAAAUCCUCCUAUUUAAAAUUUAUUUGAAAAUGUAUAUGUUCUCUUGUUAAGAUGAUAUAAUCAUUAACACACUAGAGCUACAUUAUUAACAUCAUUAAAUUAAGACUCAUAAAACUCUCUAAUUAUUAUUAUUAUAAUUAUAGCACCUUCAUUUCCCCCAAGUAAAUAAAUAAUAGAUUAAGUUAAUAAACAAAGUUAUUAAAAGAAUUGAUUGGCACAUGCGCAAAUGAUUCUCAACUCAUAUUUUUUGAGUUUUGGAAUAUGUAUUGCUAGUAUAAUAAUAGACCUAAAUAAGCUUACUAAAAAUUCAAGAACAUUGGAGAAGACUGGUGAUAAAAUUAUUACUUAAUGAUACCAUUGAGCUUAACUGCCAUAAAUGUAUGCAAUAGGGAUUACACUUACUAAAUGAUAAUUAAAAAUGUUUCAUGUUACUCAACAAAACAAAUAUUCACAUAUUGUGAUUUUCAGAUGUUUAUAAAUGUACGGUAUUAAUUGAAAGAAAUUGGCAUAUAUUUGUCAAUGUAGUAUAAUUUUCAUAGCACGCUUUUAAAAAUACAUGAAUUCUUAAACUGAAACCAUUUAUUUGCAUUUUCCUCAUUUUUCACAACAUGUAAAGAAUGCCUGCAUUGUCAAAAUAAAUCUCGAUUAGUUGGAAUGAAAUAGUUGAUUAAUUAAUUAAUGAUGUUUUCCAGAGGCAUUAAUUCUUUAGUAUUCAAACAUUACAAAAUGUCGUAGCUUGAAAGAUCUGAUGAUUUGGCGAUUGUAUAAAAUGUAUAAUUAAUUAAUGUAUUAUAAGUAUCAAUAAUUUAUAUCAGCCACCUCAUUUUAAUUCAAUCCCAUCAACUAUUCAUUUUAUUUUAAUUAAUUUUUACUUUGUGUACUUACAUAAAAAAGCAUAAUGUUAUUUUGGUUUAUUUCUAGUAUUUUCUGAUCAAUUUAAUCCUAAAACUUGUCAUAUUUUUACAUUAUAUUGAUCUAUAGCAUGUAUGUAGUCAUAUGUAUGUUAAUUUCCUAUAAUGCUUCGAAUUAUUAAAAAAAACUGCAAUAAAUGUUUCUAACAAUGA